UUUUAUUUAUAUAUAUCAUUUAUUCUGAAAACCUAUCGCAUAAUACAUAUAAAUGGAUUAUCCAUUCUGUUGAUGGUUUAUAAUAAAUGGCUCAUCAUUUAUUAAUACUAAAUGAUUCAAACGAAUCACAAUUGUGUAGAUUUUUGUUGAAAACUUGGGAACCUUCUUUUCCUUUGGUUGUAUUAUAUGGACCAAAAAUUCCUGACAAAUUGUCAGAUUUAUACAUAGAAUCCUCGGAGCUCGACCAUCUUAAAGAUUCUGCAACGGAUUCCAAUAAUUAUAAAUACACGGUUUUAUACAAAGAACUAAAUAAAUUAAAUUCAUUAACACAACAAGAAUUUGAGGAGUUGUAUAAUAACUUACUAAAGCAUCUAAAAACGGUACUAUUUAGACCACUUUUAUUGUUAUUUAAAAAAACAAACAAUUUCUUACCUAACGUCCUCUUUAAUUUUAAGCCAAUAUUGCUUCAUUUCUAUCCACUAUAUAACUUCCCCAAGGUUGAUGGCAGCAACAACACGUACAGGGAAGAUAAAAAUUUACUGUAUUGGUACCUUGAAUUUGAUUAUAACUUAAACAGUAUUGGGACUAACAACAGGUUACUGGAACUUCUGGAUGAGCUGGAAAACACCAUAGAAGAGUAUAACUUGGAUAACAAAUUUGUUCAAUCACUACUAUCUUUACUGAACAUGUAUUUCGACAGGCUUUUGUUUAGAAACAUUUCUUUAACCAAGUACACAAAAGUAUUAAAAUAUUCAAAGCUAUACUACUCUCUUUUGAAUACCCACUUGUCAUCAACUAGUACCUACACUCCCCCUAAAGGUUCCAGUACCCCUAGUACUCAAGAUACAGGUUCAAAGAUGAGUGAAAACCCAGAAGUUGGCCCUGAAGAGUUGGAUAAAUCCAGUGGAGCUCCCGACAAGUUAAGCCUGGUUGAUUACAGAAAGUUGUUCCUGGAAAAUAAGAAACCAUACCACCUGGCCAGCGCAAUAGCUUACACAAACGGCCUACCACAUGUUGGUCACGCAUACGAGGCAGUGAUCUGCGAUGUCAUAAGCCGCUACUACAGAAUGUUCGGAAGGAGAGUCAUCUUCUCAACAGGAACGGAUGAACAUGGAAUCAAGGUUUUAACCACUGCAAAACAACAGAACAAAACUCCAAUUGAGGUGUGCGACUAUUACUCCAACGAGUUUAAGAAAUUCUACGAGAGGUUGCUGGUUGAAUACGACAGGUUCAUAAGGACAACCAGCGAGUCACACAUGAAAGCUGCUAAAACCAUCUGGAGAACAGUUUUCAAAAAGGGUGACAUAUAUCUGGGUGAAUACAACGGCUAUUACUCAAUGAGAGAGGAACGUUUUAUCCCGAAUACGGAAGCCAAAUUAACUGACUUCAAGGACCCAGUUUCAGGGAAACCAUACGAUUUAAUGUCAGAGAGUAGUUAUUUCUUUACUAUGGAACGUUAUCGCACUCCUCUCGUUGAGUAUAUUAGCACAAACCAGGAUUUCAUAUACCCUAAAAAAGUCAGAAACGAGAUUUUAACCAGACUUAAGGACCAACUGGACGACUUGAGCAUUUCUAGAACCUCAUUUGACUGGGGAAUUGAGGUGCCAUCCACAGACGACAUAGUCAUAACGGAAUACGUUAACAACGACGUUAAUCUUGGGUAUAACCACGACAAUAAGUUGUUUAACGAGUCUAAAUUCUAUAAUGAAGUUAAUAAAGGAGACUUAACCAAGAAGGUUAAAGCUUCACACUCAGAUGAUCAGUCUGACGGUGAUAAGUCUGAUCAAAGCAAAGUACCUGUCAGCUCCAAUCAACAUCAAAAUUCCAGUAACAACGUUGGUGCUACAGGUGUUAGUCCCACUAGCAAAAAAACAGAGCGUGAAAAACACGUUAUGUAUGUUUGGUUUGACGCAUUGUCGUUUUAUAUGACGUCAUCUGGACUAGGUGAGUCUUUAAGCGAAAUGACGUAUUGGCCUACAGAUUUGCAAGUUAUUGGGAAGGAUAUUUCUUGGUUCCAGUCCGUGAUACUUGCCACGAUGUGCUUCUCAAUGGGCCUACCCCUGACGAGAAAAAUACUGGCGCACGGCUUUAUUCAAGGGUCAGACGGUCGAAAAAUGUCAAAGUCGCUGGGUAACGUCCUUAAUUUGGACGAGUUACUCCAGGAGGUUGGGGUGGAAAGUUUUAGGUAUUAUUUGUUAAAGAGUACGGUUAUGGGAUCAGAUGUUAACUUUGACCAAAACCAGCUUAAGGAAAUGCAUAACUCAGAUUUAGCAGACAAUGUAGGAAAUCUGGUGCACAGACUUACAAGUCUGGUAACAAAGUACAAUGAAGGUGUUUUGCCAUCAUAUAAGUCCAAAGUUAAAUCACCAUUUGAUUUUGUGGAAUUCAUGAAAGAGUGUUCAGACUACGUCUUGAAGUUGGACAUAUAUAACGUAUUAAUGCUAACUAAUAUGAAGUUUAAGGAUCUGAACAAUUACUUGACGGUUACUACUCCAUGGGCUGAAAAGAACCAGGACAAAAGAGACUCGGUUUUACGAGUUUUACUUGAAUCUGUUUACUUUUUGGCUCACUUUCUAUAUCCAGUGCUGCCGCAAUCAAUGGAGCGCCUAUUUUUGAAGUUGGGAACACCAAAAAAGCAGAAUGUUUGGGAGUUAUCUCUUAACCUGGAUAACCUUGAGAAGGAUUCUAAUGUUUCAGUAGGGGAUAUUUUGUACCAAAAGUUUAAUUUGCCAGAAAAGUCAAAGGCUUAAACCUCUAAAUUAUUUAAAUGUCAGUUUUAAUGAUUAUAUUGACACCAAAAUCUAUAUAUCAUUGUUAAUCA